AUGAAUGGCCCUGACAUGGAGGAAAUUCCGUUUCAGAAAGUCAAGACCCGGCGGAAGAGAAGCCACUGCCCGCCAGGGGUGCCUCUGACCGCCAUCGUCUGUGAGGACGAAUUUGAUUGUAAAGAGCUGGAGUCUCUUUUCCAGAACUACAACCUAAAGUUGGAGCAGACGUCGACGCUCAAAGCGCUUGCCGUGCUCAUCAUUCUGGCUUCCACGCUGGCGGUAGUUGAGGUGCUCUCGGGUCCCAGUCUGACCAUUUCCAAAGGAUCUCACCCGGUGCACUGUAUCAUCUUUGUUUCGCUCUUCAUCGUCACAAACGUCAAAUACUUACAGGUGACCCAGCUGCAGCAGAUCGUCAACCUCACCCUGCUCUUCAGUUUUACCUUCUCCUUUCUUUGCUGCCCCUUCCCGCACGUCGCUGUAGGCGCGGAGCCGCCGCUGGCACCGGAGCAAGGCAUGUGGCAGCUCAUGUUGGUGACAUUCGUGGCUUACUCGCUCUUGCCCGUCCGCACUCUCUUGGCUCUCAUCUUUGGGAUUAUGGUUGCCUUCUCGCACCUCAUCGUCACCGCCACGUCGGUAACGAUGAAAACCCAGAGACUGUGGAGAACGCUGGUGGCUAACACAGUGCUAUUCACCAGCGUGAACCUCUCUGGGCUAUUUGUACGUAUCCUGACAGAGAGAGCCCAAAGAAAAGCCUUCCUACAGGCACGCAACUGCAUUGAGGAGAGACUGCGUAUGGAAGAUGAGAAUGAGAAACAGGAGCGCCUUCUCAUGAGCCUCCUGCCCAGGAACGUUGCCAUGGAAAUGAAAGAGGACUUCCUUAAACCUCCCGAAAGAAUAUUCCACAAGAUUUACAUUCAGCGCCAUGACAAUGUCAGUAUUCUCUUUGCGGACAUCGUAGGCUUCACCAGUCUGGCCUCUCAGUGCACUGCGCAGGAGCUAGUUAAGCUGCUAAACGAACUCUUUGGCAAGUUUGACGAAUUGGCCACGGAGAACCACUGCAGACGGAUUAAGAUCCUGGGCGACUGUUACUACUGCGUGUCGGGUCUUACCCAGCCGAAGACGGACCAUGCCCACUGCUGCGUGGAGAUGGGCCUGGACAUGAUUGACACCAUCACGUCUGUUGCCGAGGCGACGGAGGUGGAUCUGAACAUGCGUGUGGGUCUGCACACAGGCAGGGUGCUGUGUGGGGUACUGGGGCUGAGAAAGUGGCAGUACGAUGUCUGGUCUAAUGAUGUCACUCUGGCCAACGUGAUGGAGGCUGGAGGACUGCCUGGGAAGGUGCACAUCACCAGGUCCACGCUGGAGUGUCUGAACGGGGACUAUGAGGUGGAGCCAGGGAACGGACAUGAGAGAAAUGCCUUCCUACAGAAACACGCCAUUGAGACCUUCUUCAUAGUGCCAUCACACCGGAGGAAGAUCUUCCCCGGACUCAUUCUCUCGGACAUAAAGCCUGCCAAAAAGAUGAAGUUCAAAACCGUGUGCUACUUACUGGUGCAGCUAAUGCACUGUCGCAAGAUGUUCAAGGCAGAAAUCCCCUUCUCCAACGUCAUGAACUGUGAGGAUGGCGACAAGAGAAGGGUGCUACGCUCGGCACCAGAGAAGCUACGGAACCGUACAUCCGUGUCAGCCAAUGUGACACAGAGCAGCCCCGGUACACGUGUCAACCGCUACAUCGGUCGUCUUAUCGAAGCACGCCAGACCGAAUCAGACACGGCUGACCUGCACUUCCUCACACUCAUGUACAAAUGUACAGAACGAGAACAGAGGUACCACCAGCUGUAUGAUGAGUAUUUCACUGGAGCAGUGGUCCUCUCUCUAAUACUCGCCGCAUUGCUUGGCUUCAUCUACCUUCUCAUCAUGCCACAGGGAACGGUGGUGUUGGUGAUGUUGGUUUUCUGCAUCUGUUUCCUAGUAGCUUGCAUCAUGUACUUGCACAUCACAAAAGUACAGUGUUUUCCAGGGUGCCUCACCAUACAGAUACGAACAGUUCUGUGUGUCCUCAUUGUGCUCUUAAUCUACGCCGUGGCCCAGGCCUGUGUGGUUGGCUGCAUGCCCUGGCUGUGGACGGAGAACUCCACCAGCUCCAUCAUCAUUAUCGACUCGGCCGGAGGUGCUAACCGAACCAUGGCGGAGCUGCCGUGUGAUGGUGCCCGCUAUGCCUUCCUGUCGUGCGUGGUGGGCUCACUGACGUUGGCACUCUUCCUCCGUGUUUCCUGGCUGCCCAAAAUGGCCCUGCUGCUUCUCCUCAGCGUCACGUACAUCACCAUCCUGGAGCUCAGCGGCUUCCGCCAGGCUGCCACAGGUGUUGGGUCUGUCCAUGUCCAAGUCUACGAACCUAUCCUCUCCCUACUGCUCUUCUCCAGUGCUCUGGCCCUACACUCCAGACAAUUGGACCUGAAAUUACGACUGGACUUCCUCUGGGCCACACAGGCAGAGGAGGAGAGAGAUGGCAUGGAGAAAGUCAAACUGGACAACAAGAGGAUUCUCUUCAACCUGCUGCCUGUACAUGUGGCUCAGCAUUUCCUCAUGUCCAACCCAAGAAAUAUGGACCUGUAUUACCAGUCCUAUGCCCAGGUAGGAGUGCUGUUUGCCUCCAUUCCCAACUUUAACGAUUUCUACAUUGAACUGGACGGAAAUAACAUGGGCGUGGAGUGUCUCAGACUGCUCAAUGAAAUCAUUGCUGAUUUUGAUGAGCUUUUGGACAAAGAGUGUUACAAGGACAUCGAGAAGAUCAAAACCAUUGGCAGCACAUACAUGGCAGCUGUGGGUUUGGUGCCCACUGUGGGAACUAAGGCCAAAAAGUCAACUGCGGCUCACCUCAGCACCAUCGCAGACUUUGCCAUCGAGAUGUUUGAUGUUCUGGAUGAAAUCAACUAUCAGUCAUACAAUGACUUUGUCCUGAGAGUGGGCAUCAAUGUGGGUCCAGUGGUAGCUGGAGUGAUAGGAGCGAGAAGACCACAGUACGAUAUCUGGGGAAACACGGUUAACGUAGCCAGUCGCAUGGACAGCACUGGAGUGCCGGGGAAGAUCCAGGUGACAGAGGAUGUCUUUCGUCUGCUCCAGGACAAUUACGACCUGGUGUGUCGGGGGAAGGUCAGCGUGAAGGGCAAAGGUCAGAUGCUGACUUACUUUCUGGAGGGUAAGUCUCAGGGCCCCAGUCAAAGAGUGGCCCCCCAUCGCUCUAACAGCAUGGAGAGACGGGUCCAUGCCGUGGGCCGGGCCAGCAGCGCCCAGACCAAGAUGGGGAGCACGUCAUCUCUGGCCUCAGGGUUCACCACUAAGGUGGGCAUCAACAGUGCCCAGACAUCUCCAGGGAUCAGCACUGCCACCUCCACCUCCCGAAACUUACCGUCCACCUACGUGCCCACUGUGGGAGAGGAGGAGGAAGAAGAGACUGAGGAGGAAGAGGAGGUGUAA